AUGCUGCUUCGGCCUUUACUAUCGCUUCUUAUCUCUUCCGCAUCCCUAAUCAGCGCACUGCGGCUCCCUAUUUCAUCUCGCCAGCAAAAUCCGCAUCCGUACUCCGUUGCGCAUGCGGGUGGAGACGAAGGCUUUGGGUUCACGCACAUCUAUGAUCAACAAUACACAGUGACCCUCACUGUGAAUGGGGUUCCUUUCCAAGUCCUUUGUGACACUGGAAGUCCUGACACAUGGAUCGACCCCGUUAUACAAGGCAUUACGCCACCCGAUAUGAUCUACACGGGCAAGAACAACAGUGCCACUUAUGCCGAUGGGACGGUGUCUUCUGGACAACUUGUGCUUGCUAAUAUCACUCUAGGGCCAUAUGCAGCCUCGAACCAGGCGAUCAUGCUCUCGCCUAAGGGCUCACCAUCACCCGACUGGUUUCAAGGCAUCUUGGGAUUAUCGAGAGUUUCCAUCUCGACAACUCAUGAACUGCUAUCCAAUGGCACACCAUUCGCAGAAAAUGGAAGACCCAUAGCUCAUAACAUUCUGUCCUCACUGGAGGAUCAGCCCAACUACUUCACUUUCUUGCUGUCACGUCCAGAGCUUGGGGUCAACCCCGGCGGCGUGUUCACGAUAUCGGAGCUUGUUACUGAGCUAUCUGCAAUCACGUCUGCGCCCCGUCUCGAGACACUGGGAAAUGGCACAUGGACGACUCUACUCGAUGGGGUUUACGUCAAUGGGAUGCUACUCGAUGGUCAUUCGGAGGCGAGCGAGGCAUACGCUAGUGAAUUUCACCACGACAUUCCUGGGAAUGCUACGAUUGCCGCGAUUGAUACCGGAAGUAGUUACGCACGCGGCCCGCAAUACUAUGUCGACACCAUAUUCAAGGAUGUCGCAGGUGCGAUACCAACCGACAACGCGGAUGGUUCGAAUGGGUUCGGAUAUGUCAUUCCUUGUGACACGAAGCUGAACAUCAGUUUCGUGUUCGGAGGCCAACAGUAUCCCGUCCAUCCCAUCGACAUGGUCACUGUGAACACGACACCCAAUGGAACCUUCUAUUGUACGGGCGCGAUUUCACACGCCGAUGAGAGUGACGGCUCGAGUGGUCCAGACUGGCUCCUCGGAGAUACGUUCCUGCGUAACGUGUACUCGCUAUUCGACCUCGGGUGGGACACAAAUCCGAGCGAGGGCCCCGCAUAUAUGCAGCUCCUGAGCAUUACCGACGCCGAUGCUGCCUGGGCCGAGACAGACAAGCUGCUGCUCGAGCGCAUUGUCGCGCACAACGCGUACUUUACCUCGACGCGCGGAGUAACCCCGACGACAACGCAGUACGCGUGGACCGGCAGCACUCCGGUCAUCAGCGUGUCCUCGGCCGACGACAAGCAGACGUACGCACCCCUCCCCUCCGGCGCGGCGCCGCAUUUGGGCGAGUGGGGCACGUCCGAGUCCUCCGCGACUCCCACCUCGCCUCCGGUCUACCAGCAGACGACGAGCCCGCAAGGGGCCGCCUCCCAGCAGCUCGUCGCUGGUGCGCUCGCGGAAGAUGACACUGGCAGUAGCAACGCUGGCAGCAAGGCCGACAGCAAGCGCGUGGACGACCUGUUGCGAGACUCGACUGUCAUCAUCGGGAUGCUCGCGGGCGUGAUCGUGCUGCUGAUUUUAGUGGUAGUGCUUAUGGUACGCGCUAAUAGGGCAAACAAGGGCUACCGGGACGUCCCAGGAGGCGCGGUUCUGCCUGUGAAAGCGUACGAGGAUGCAUACUGA